AACGAAAUCGCCUGUCCGAAUUCCCUCAUUCCACGUUCUCAACAAUCCCAAUGCCUUUUCCUUUCCUUCCGGAUCAAAGCACCUUUGUCUUUUUCUCGUCCUUUCUGUUGAGCCUCCCAGAUUUUUCUGUUCCGUCCCCUCCAUCAUCCUACAGCCGUCUUCUCCCCUCCCUUCGUUCGUAUCCGGCGCACACCUUCCACGCACUCACCCAGAUUGCGAUAAUGGCGUCUUCCAUUGCGCCAAGCUGAUGCUAGAAACAGACUCCGCGCUCCUCUAAUCGCCACGCCGUGGGCUCCUCCUCAGGAUAAGGAAGUUCAUGGCCUCGACCCGCUGACGAUGCUUUGAUACAGCGGAGAAGAAGGAUCAACUUACUCUCUCUCUCUCUCUCUCUCUCUCUCUCUCUCUCUCUCUCUCUCUCUCUCUCUUAUCUGUUUGCGAGUUUAUUGGAUUGGGUCGGGCUUUACUAUUUAUGGCAUCGGCGCCUUUAUUAAGCGCCCGAUGUUGCCAAUCUCACAUCUUUAAUUUCAGAAAUGGCGAACUUGGACCGUUAGGAUUCUUCUUUCACUCUUCACCAUCUUCGUCUUCGUCUUCUUCUUCUACUUCUUCUUCUGCGCCUUCGUGUUCAUCCUUUCAUCAUCAACGCUACGGUGCGGGUUGGAACCUCUGCAACCUUUCAGGCAUACUCAAUAUUCGGAAACACCAAAACCUUUGUGGUCAAGCUAUGAGUACCUCUCGGGGAAAUAUUGCAUCUCCCGGGGGCAUCGUGAAUGCAAAAGAUGGGCCUGAUCAUCUUCUUGUCCUUGUUCAUGGUCUUGUUGCUAGCCCAAGUGACUGGACCUAUAUAGAAGCAGAGUUGAAAAGGCGUCUGGGGAGAAAUUUUUUUAUUUAUGUUAGUUCAUGUAACAUGUACACUAAAACGUUGGCUGGAAUUGAUGUAGCUGGAAAACGAUUAGCAGCUGAAGUCAUGCAAGUUGUACAGAAGACAGAAAGUUUGAAGAGGAUCUCAUUUUUAGCCCAUUCUCUUGGUGGCUUGUUUGUAAGAUAUGCGAUUGCUGUCCUUUAUUCACCAAAUUCCUCAAGUAAUGGUCCGUCUGAUGAUCUUGCCAACUCUACAAAUACAAAUUUAGACACAGCACGCCCUUCCAGACAAGGUACGAUUGCCGGACUGGAGCCAAUCAAUUUUAUUACCUUGGCAACUCCACAUCUUGGAGUGAGAGGGAGGAAGCAGCUUCCUUUUCUAUUCGGGGUUCCCAUCUUAGAAAAAAUUGCUGUGCCGUUAGCUCCCAUUGUGGCUGGCCGAACUGGUAGUCAGUUGUACCUCACUGAUGGUAAACCUGACAGACCACCUCUUCUCUUAAGAAUGGCAUCUGACUCUAAAGAUGGAAAAUUUAUAUCUGCCCUCAGUGCGUUCAGAUCUCGCAUUAUUUAUGCUAAUGUCUCUUAUGACCAUAUUGUUGGCUGGCGCACAUCCUCCAUAAGGAGGGAGACAGAACUUGUUCAGCCCUCUCUUCAAUCUUUGGAUGGAUACAAGCACAUUGUAAAUGUGGAGUAUUGUCCACCAGUUUCAUCCCAAGGCCCUCAUUUUCCACCCAAAGCAGUCAAAGCAAAAGAGGCAGCGCAAAAUGCACCCAGCACACAAAAUACAGUGGAAUAUCAUGAAAUCAUGGAAGAGGAAAUGAUACGCGGAUUACAACAGUUGGGAUGGAAGAAAAUUGAUGUCAGCUUUCACUCGGCACCCUGGCCCUUCUUGGCCCAUAACAACAUCCAUGUGAAAAAUGAAUGGCUGAAUGGAUCUGGUGUUGGAGUAGUGACUCAUGUUGCAGACUGCCUUAGACAGCAAGAGUCUUAUUCCCUCAUUACUGCUAGCUUGUAACAGUUCAAGCCGGAGCAUGUUGUGCGCAUGAACAUGAAAUGAUUCUGCCUUUUCUUCAUCUCUGGUGAAACUUCAUUUCCUGUACAAAGUAUGUUUACCAAAUGAAAAAUUUUGUUGCUAUACUAAAUGAUGAUGGCACGGAUUAGAAUUGAACAUGCAGCUGCCAUGGGAAGCCAUGUCUGCAUCUGCAUAUGCAGAAUGGAAAAAAAAAAAAAUUGAGCUUAUUUGAAGCCUCUUUUCGUUCAUUUAUUUAUGUACAAGAUGCAAGAUGGCCUUAAUAAUAAUACAGUGGUUGCUAAAGUCAAUUGCUCUUUAUAUUGAAGAAUGGUGGGGGUAGAGAUCUUUGUAGCAUGUAACUUAAGGAAACAGAGCAAGCAAUAAUGGGAGCAAAGAUUGGUAUAAAUGUAAUGUAAGAAUUUUCCUUUCACUUUUUAGGGAAUUGGUUGUGAGA